AUUGUAUUCUACAACACGUGGGUUCACCAAGCUGUCAAAAAUGGGUAAAGUUAAAGCUUCGAAAACAAAACAAAAGGACCAGGACAAGGUUAAAAUGAUGGUUGUACCGUGGAGAAAUAAGGCAGAGUUUAGAGUGGUUUAUAAUGGCAUAUACUCAGACGAAGUUGAGCCCAAAAGGCAGGCAAUGGAGAAAAUGUUAACAUGGCAAAGCAGGGCACUCAGCAAGUUACCGAUUGCUAUAGAAAGCAGCAUGGCCCUGUGUAGAGCUUGCAUCUCUCAUCUGCUUGCCAUAGAAGAAGGCAAUUUCAAAGACAAUUACCUGAAGCUUGUGUAUGAGUACAGUAUGGCCAUCAUUAGAUUUGUAAACAAUGUUACAGAAUUGGGACAAACCAAAGUACACAGAAUGCCACUGCACAGGAUUGCAGACAGUUUUGGGAUCCCCAGCUGGAUCGUAGAGAUGAGACAUAAUGCCACACACAGGAACAUGCCCUCUUUGUCCGAGCUCACUGCCGGAGCAGACUGGAUAUUAGAAUGGCUGAGGGUAGACUUUUGGGAUGCACAGUAUAAAAUCAUGGAAACGAUAAAGCCUAGAAAGAACUUUAACUUUGAGGAGGACAGGGAAUCCAUAGAUAGAGUCAUUGAGAAAUACAUGGCAGACACAUGGAAGGCCAUCCGAUCAGGAGAAAAAGCGGUCAACUGCUACAGUGACUUACUGCGACUGGUAGAGAGACACAAAUCAAAGAUGUUGAGUAGCAUUAUGAGGAGGGGCCGUUUUAUUCCCACACCGUCACAACUGGAGGAACUCGGCAUCGAUGACGAAGAACUGAUGAGUUCACAACAGCUCAGGAUUCCAGACGUGUUAGGGAAACUGUGGGGGCCAUUGCUUAACAUUCUUCACAGGACUAAGUUGACCUCCUCUCUGGUUCAGCUGAUGGUCACCAUGGUGACAGAUAAACAGAAUUUCCAGAAUUAUUUGCUGUGCAGCUGGCUGCAGAAGAUCAUCCGCUCCAAUGCCAGCAGUGUCGAUUUUGAAGAGCGGAAUUUGAAGCCUGGCAAGAAGAAGCUAUACAAGUACAGGCGACACAUUCCAUACCGACUGGUCCUACAGAAACUACUGCGCCGCCCCAGCGUGUACACACAGACCCUCAUCAGACAGUUACUUCCCUUACAAACACCCCGAGUCAGCCCACCAACAAAGAAGAAGAUACUCAAGCUUCUGGACAUUGUGUGCGGAAAGUCUGUAAACAGUAAAUGCAGUGACCAGAGUGGACCCAUGCAUUCUGUAUUGGAUGUGGACUUACAACUACGCCCUUCAGUCAGUGAGGAUAACACAGAAGAACACAAAGAUUCAUUAACUCCUGCCCAGCAGUUCUGUCAGUCUCCAUGGGUCAGAGAUCAAGAUAUCCUGAACUGGGACCGUAUUCCAGUGGGUGCCCUGGAUACGGAUUCAGGAAAGAUAACUCUGGUGGAUCCAGAUACAUCCACUGAGGAGGAUCCAGACAGCAGAGAGGUCCAGUCCAGUAUGGGAUGGAUGAAGUGUGUAGGGAUCCCAAGAGGCAUGGAGGAAGGAGACCCCGGUGUAACACAGAGAGUUUGGACGAUAGAGGAGAUGAAAGCAGUGAAGCAUGCAAUGGGGCUCAUCUAGAACUCCCACGAACUGGACGAUCGGUGACAGGAGAUGAAUGCAGUGAAGCAUGCAAUGGGACUUAAUCUAGUUCUCUCAUUUGCUGGACAAUCAGUGACAGGGAACAAGAACCAGACUUAGUGGUGGUCAGCAUGGCACCAGCAGUUCAUAGGUUCCUGGUUCAAAUCCCACUGUGGCUGCUUCCGCUUCAUGUUCCGUGGUGCAACACUAGGCAUUUUAUCUAUUAUACACAUUUGUGCCUGACUGAAAUAUAAAACUAGAGAAUCUGUGGUGAGAAGACAAAGCAUAGGCACCGACUACUUGUCACAUCAUGUAAUCAGGGAUUUGAGCCAUUUUCUGUAAACCUUUUAAAUGCUGUAUACAUUCGAACAGACUUAAAGACUAAAGCAGCGAAGUGACUUGGACUAGUUUCAGUAAAGGCAUACAUAACAAAUAAUUGCACUUGCAAAAAUUUUUUACUGGUAAAAAGGCAAUCUAAUUAAAAUCAGAUGUUAGAUACCCUUGUUUAUUUACUACAAAAACGAUAAUUACAAGUGGUUUUUUUUUUUUGUACUGUAACAUAGCACCUACAUGUAUAAAAAAAAAAUACUGUUUGUUUCAGUUUCGAAAAAUUGAAAAAAUGGUCACCCAAAUUACUUGUCAUAUUUUACUAAUGUAUUGUUUUAUAUUUUGUUUAUUAUUUGCGUAAAUACAGCAUUUCCUGUAUUUGUUGAGAAACUAAAUCUUUUACUUUUAUUUUUUUUUGGUUGGAAAUCUACAACAAACAGUGCAUGUAUAAAGUACAUAUAACUCCAUUAAACCUAGUACCUAAGAGCCAAAUUUUGAAGGGAGACUAUGUUUAAACCAAUUAUAUUUUUAGUGUACUUAGGUACUACAGAUUUAAUUUGACACCCUUCAUUUACUGUACUAAGUGUACUUAUGUAACCUUGGGCCAUUUC